AUGCCCAAAGAACCGCAGCUUAUAGACCACCUUCCAGUUGCACGAGAGGAAGCUAUGAAAACCUUUGUCGAAAUCACAGCCAACCACUAUCAGUACGGGACGCUAGGGCUCAGCAGGGAGGCAGGGGAGAGUAUGACGUGUGAUUGUGUCUAUGAACAUGGCGUAGAUAGCCCUUGGAUUGCGUGCGGCGACGGCUCUGAUUGCAUCAAUCGCCUCACGCAAGUUGAAUGUCUGCCCGACGACUGUCGAUGCGGGACACACUGUUUCAAUCAACGGUUUCAGCGUCAUGAUUAUGCGCCAAUAGACAUCGUGAAGACGGAGAAGAAGGGGUUUGGGUUGAGAGCAGGUGCAGAUUUGGAAAAGGACGACUUCAUCUACGAGUACGUUGGCGAUGUGAUUUCCCAUCCUUCAUUUGCAAAACGGAUGCGCGAAUACGCUGAGGAGGGUAUUCGACAUUUCUACUUCAUGAUGUUGCAGAAAGACGAGUACAUCGAUGCCACCAAACGAGGAGGUAUUGGUCGAUUCGCCAACCAUUCGUGCAAUCCAAAUUGCUAUGUCGCCAAAUGGACCAUUGGAGACCACGUGCGGAUGGGUAUCUUCGCAAACAGGACGAUUAAGAAAAACGAGGAGCUAACGUUCAACUAUAACGUUGACCGAUAUGGUCACGAAGCUCAGCCUUGUUAUUGCGGUGAAGCGAAAUGUAUCGGUUUUAUCGGUGGGAAAACGCAGACCGAUCUGGCGGCUAUGGACGAUUUGUAUCUCGACGCCCUUGGUAUUACUGAAGAAGUCAACCGACUUGGCCUCAAAGGGAGCAAGAAGAGGAAGAGCAAAAAGCUGGACGAAGACUUUGUGCCGGAUCUCAAGCCUUUGGUGGAGAAAGAUGUUGCGAAGAUGGUGCAAGCUAUGCGUCAAACACAAAGCCGCAAGGUCAUGUUCAAGCUACUCACCCGAAUCAAGAUUUCUGAAGAUACAGCAGCUCUACGCCUCCUUAUGCGUCUUCGCGUUUUCAGUGCCAUGAAGAAUAUCAUGGGAGAUUAUGAGAACGAUGAGGAGAUGCAAUUGCUCGGUAUACAAUGCCUGACAGCUUUACCUCUGAUAUAUCGGAAUAAGGUCGACGAUUCAAGGGUCAAUAUACCUGUGCAAGCUUGCACUCAGUCCGGUAAUGAGGCGUUGAAGACCGCAGCUCAGAAGCUCCUCGACAAAUGGGCGACUUUGGAGACUAUAUAUCGGAUACCUAAAAGGAACAAAGAGACGGGUGAAAGCUACUAUCCCAUCUUGCCACCGGGAGUCUUUGCACCACCUGAGGAAGAUCCUCGUCCAGCCAAGCGUUCUAAGUUAGACGAUCUAGUUGAAGUUGACUUCGACAUCAAGCCUUUAGGCUUCUCGGCAGCCAAGCGACCCGCUCGUCAGCCUAGACGCCCACCUUCCCCUCCCCCCGAUCCUUUGGUCCAUGCAGCGGCAGCGAACUACGAACGUUAUAUGACGGUGCAGGCAACUCGCGCCGAGCUCGCUGCUAUCAUUUCUGCGGCCGCAGCAAAAGAGGCUGCUCGGGCCGCAGAGGCAGAGGCAAAGGCGAAAGCCGAUGCUGAAAAGGACGAAGGUCUCACUGUGGAUAGAGAGGAGAAGGAGCGGAGGCGGAAGGAGCGGAAGGAGAAAGAGAAAAAAAGGAGGGAGGAAAAGGAGGCAAAUAUGCACAAGAGGUUACUGAAGCUGAUCAGCCCGGUCGUGGUGAAGACCAUGUCCCGACAUCGAGCCAGAAUGGAUGUGGAUGUGUUCAAGAAGCAUGCGAAGGAGCUCACCCAUAUUCUUGCUGAUAAGGAGAAGAAAUCUCAGGACGCCCAGAAGAACAGCAAGUAUGAAUCCCUUUCAGACGAUACGAUUCAUAAGAUACAAAAGUUUGCUCGCGAUUACACUUUCAAGAUCAUUUCCAAGCUCGAAAAGCAAGAACACCGGAUCAAUGGUCGAUCGAUGUCCCCCGAGGAGGCAAUGUAUAUGAAUGGUGGUGAUCGCAUCGACGAGCACGGGGAAGAUAGAGACGAGACGCCAGGAGAUGACGAACGGACACCGGUAGAGCCUGCAGAGUCUGACACAUCGACAGCCGUAGCAACGGAUCCAAGGAAGCGUGGGUGGAGUGCUGCUUGGGACGCGAAGGACCUUGUGCGAGACGCUGAUGGCGAUCUUUCCAUGCGGGAGGUCGGAACAGUGGGAAUCGCCUCAUAG